AGGAGUCGAUAUGCUGUGAAUAGCUCUGGUGACACCACAGAAGAUCAAGAUGGGGACUCCAGAGACCAAUGUCCUCUAACUGAUGAGCAAUUGGUUUCAGGGUUCUCGGAUGUCAUCCUGGCAACAAUUUUGGCUACCAAGUCAGAUAUGUGUGGCAAAAAGUUUGAACUGAAGAUUGAUAAUGUUCGCUUCGUUGGCCAUCCCACGUUGCUUCAGCAUGCCCUUGGGCAGGUAUCCAAAACUGAUCCCUCACCGAAAAGAGAGAUGCCCACUAUGAUUCUCUUCAACGUGGUGUUUGCACUAAGGGCCAAUGCAGAUCCAUCCGUGAUAAACUGCUUGCACAACCUCUCCCGAAGAAUCGCCAUAGUCUUGCAGCAUGAGGAGCGCCGCUGCCAAUACCUGACCAGGGAGGCCAAGCUGAUCUUAGCUAUUCAGGAUGAAGUGUCUGCCAUGUCAGAAACCACAGAAGGGCCACAGUCACCUUUCCAUCACAUCCUCCCCAAAUGCAAACUGGCCAGAGAUCUCAAAGAGAUGUAUGACAGUCUCUGCACAACGGGGGUGGUCCGUUUACAUAUCAACAACUGGCUGGAAGUGAGUUUCUGCCUGCCUCACAAAAUCCAUUACGUUGCCACAAACUUUAUACCUCCUGAAGCAAUUGAGAGAAGCCUGAAAUCUAUCAGGCCAUACCAUGCCUUAUUACUUUUAAAUGAUGAGAAGUCGUUGCUUAAUGAGCUCCCAUUGGACUGCUCUCCUGCCCUGGUGAGAGUAAUUAAAACUACCUCUGCUGUGAAGAAUUUGCAGCAACUGGCUCAAGAUGCUGACUUGGCAUUGCUGCAGGUUUUCCAGCUUGCUGCACAUCUCGUUUACUGGGGAAAAGCAAUUAUUAUUUAUCCGCUGUGUGAAAACAAUGUCUACAUGCUUUCUCCAAACGCCAGCGUCUGCCUUUAUUCUCCGUUAGCAGAUGCGUUUUCUUGUCAGUUCCGAGGCCACAACCUACCGUCGAUGCUUUCCAAGUUCUCCCUCCCCGUGUCACUCUCAGAGUUCAAGAACCCACUCGCGCCGCCCGUUCAGGAGACGCAGCUCAUUCAAAUGGUGAUAUGGAUGCUCCAACACCGGCUUCUUAUUCAGCUUCACACUUACGUCUGUCUGAUGGUGCCACCGAAUGAGGAGGAUUUCCGAGCCCAAGAUGAGGACAUGCCUUUUACUGCCAGAGUUGGAGGACGAAGUUUAAGCACCCCCAAUGCUCUCAGCUUUGGUUCUCCAACUAGUAGCGAUGACAUGACUCUGACAAGCCCUAGCAUGGAUAAUUCCAGUGCUGAGUUGAUACCUGGUGGGGACUCACCCCUAAAUAAAAGGAUGACGGAGAAUCUCCUAGCAAGCUUGUUGGAACAUGAGCGGGAAGCUAUCCUUAAUGUCCCUGCUGCCCAAAAUCCAGAAGAUCUUCGCAUGUUUGCAAGGCUGCUGCACUAUUUCCGAGGCCGACACCAUUUGGAGGAGAUCAUGUACAACGAGAACAUGCGUCGCUCCCAGCUGCUGAUGCUGUUUGACAAGUUCCGCAGUGUGCUGGUGGUGACCAGCCACGAGGACCCCGUGAUUUCAGUUUUUCAAUCUCUCUUAAAGUGACUCUGCUG